UGCUCUGUUUCCAGUCUCAAAACAUCAAUCAUUAGCUGAAGCGCGCCAUGGAUAGGCAAUUUCCUGCGAUGUUUGCUGUUUAGAUAUCAUUCCAAGUCGAUACUCGACAGAAACACAGUGUAGCGGUAACAAGGUGUCGCUUUUGCACGAGUUUACAACUGUUUACAAACUUCAACGCUAUUCUCGCGGUUCAAAUUACCGUUGCUUGGAGGUGUCUUUAUGGCUUUCGCGUUUGGAGAUUCUUACUUGAAGCUUCCACCAAUAAGCCAAGAAGGUUCCGUUGAAAUCGACGGCGAAGACUCCAAGAGAAAUGUGGGGAUCGUCCGCGAUAAACAUGGCCUUGUGCGACUUCCUCCUAUCGUGCGAUUGGAUUCACUUCGCUCCACAUCAACCGCUCAAAGGUUUCGGAACGAAACGCCAACCGCAGUUUCAAGCGAAAAGACCGAAGUUGCGAUGUCAAGAUCACCAAUGAAAAUAACAGACAAACUGGGGAGCUUGAGACUCCAAGGACGUUCGAAAAAACUAAAAAAAUACGACAACAAGAGCGAGGAUGAAAUGAAAUUAAUUAUGGAAGCAGCUGUCAAGGAAACCAAUGAAGACGAAACAAGUUUUUUCGACAGCGAAAAUGUUUCACACGAAAAAGAGAGGGCAGGUUGCCAACGGUUAGGUUGUAGCUCCGCUUUGUUAUCAUUGACUGGCAAUGGAGAACUUCUCCCUGCACACAAAGAUUCAAUCUUGUCCCGCCGGGGAAGCAGCACUUUUCAACCUACGAAGAAAUUGACGAGAUCGCGCAGGCUGGCAAAAUCUUCGCCCGAGUUAUCUAAUAGAAAGAAAAAUAUGCGGCUGCUCGCCGACGGAAAUAUCAGCGAGCAUUCGUUAUCUUCUCUCGCAGCAGGUUCUAUGCCGGUUGUCCGAUCCGACCCCUCAAGCCGUCCACAGCUCGCGGUUCAGGACAUCGACGGAUCAAAGCUCUCUCAAGUACAGAAUUAUGCUAAGAUUGAGGAAAAAGCAAAAGAGUACGGCGGAAAACGCAGAAAUCACAGUAAUCAACGGUGGAAGAUUGAUGUUGCAAAUUUACCACAGAGCACCCCGAGUUCACCGGUUUGCAGUGAAUCUGCUAACUCAGAGAUCAAGCAAAAAGGUCGAAAGUCAUUAAACGAUAUAACGGACGCGGAGCAGUUUGUUGACAGAAGAAGACCCUCAUUGAAAAAGCAAAAUCUAGUUUAUGAUGCCGAUGUCGAUGUAUUGAAAAUUGAAGGAAAGAGCUGCUCUCAGAGUGAGAGAAAAUUGCAAAGAGGAGAUGCUUUGACAGAAUGCAACGUCGAAAUGUUAGACCUACCGAGAAAUGAGGAAAAGAGGCAUUCAUUGUACGACUUGCAACAAAUAUUAACCUUGCUGCAGAAAGAGGAUUUAAAGCGACAGGCUUCCAACACAGCUUCAUCGUCUCGAAAUGCAAGCGCCACCUCUAAUGCAAGCGGAAGGGAACCCAGUGAGUCCGUUUAUGACUUAAGGGAGUUCUUGUUGAUGGCGGCGGCCGAAGCUUCGAGCGCAGGGCAACUUAAAAAGACACAAACGAACAAAUUAAGCGCCAAUAACUCACAGACGAGUUCGUCGUCGCAUCUCGCACCUCCUGGGAGAGAGAAAGACAGUAGAAAAGGCUCAGUUUACGACUUAAUGGAGUUUCUCACUCUUGGAAAUAGCAGUGAAACGGGUUCUGGAUCCACUAGUGAAAACUCGAGCCGUUCGACUUCACCGCGAAUUUUAUCAUCACCGCAUGCCAGCUCUAGCUCAAAUAACUUGCUAUCCGUCUCAGUUGCCAACAGUGGUGAGGAAAGCAGGAGAGCGUCUACCUACGACCUCAUGGAGUUUCUAUCUCUGCCGCGUUCUGGGGGUAAUUCGCGCCCUGAUUCAGGUCCUAGCAGCCCAGCUCUUCACGAGGAAGGCUCUAGCGCAGCAGAAAGCAAAAUGAGCGAUUCAGGUACCGAAAAGGUUAAAGAGAAACGAAGUCUAUCUAUGUACGAUCUGGAAGAAUUCCUGUCUAUGACAUCUGAUAUACCACCGCUUGUGCGAGUCACACCUUGGGAAGAAGAGCAAAAAACAAAUAGUAGCAAAACUAUUUCGGAUUCUGAAGAAGGUGCCAAAAGAGAUUUGCAACAGCCGAGAGGGUCAGUGUAUGACCUAAGUGAAAUCCUGAGCGUGUUACAACAGGAAAAUGAGAAAAGGCAUGAGUCUGCGUCUAAUUUACGCCAGAUGCUGUUUCAUUUUCAACGUGAGGCCGAAAAAACUGGUCAAUCUUCACUUACGCAAUCAACUAAUUUACCCGCCAAAUGUACUGUCGGUUCCUCUCCCGUAACUCCAACUAUAGAGAACAGUGGCUACUCGACCGGUAGUGAUCAAGCAGCAUCAACAGACGCACCCAAAAAUAUGGAUGUAACUGAGAACAGUCGGCACAUGUCUGUGUAUGAUCUUAGAGAGUUCCUUUCACUUUAUGCCGCUCAACAAAACCCGUCGGCAACUCAUCAGCAACAGCUUUCAUCGGCAGUUUCGUUGAGGCGAAAAUUUUCCGGAGUUUCGCAAAGCGGUGUGAGUAUACUCGUCACUGACGAAUCCAACAGAAGCAUCGACAGCGAAUUUUACGAAGAUGUUUUUCUUCCAGUACCAAGUACAGAACCUAGCGGUGCGUCUGAUCCAUCGCGUAAAAGAAGCUCUAUUUACGAUCUCCGCGAGUUCUUGAGCAUUUUAAAUGCAGACGAAUCUCCCUUGAGAAGACGAUUAUCUAGCGUGUCAUCUGCAUCGUCUAAAUCCAGCGAAAGUGAAUCGGAAUCAAAUUCUGCCAAAACUACUGGCCCGUUAAAACCAGCCGGUCCGAGUCAUGGCAGGGGAAAUUCCUCGAGAACACAACUGUUCCCACGCCAGGAUUCCGGCGGGAGCCUUUCUCUGUAUGACCUUGGCGAGUUUCUCUCGCUUUUGAACACAGAAGAAUCUCCAUUGCGAAGAAGGCUUUCGAGCGUCAACGAUAAGAUCUCUGCGCAAGGUGAAGAGGGAGCGCGCACGCCGGUUCUUUCCAGAAGCGAUUCCGAAAAGGGUCUUUACAGCUUAGAAGAAAUAUUAACUGUUAUGAAUGAGCUUGAGCAAAGGAAUAGUAGCGAGAACAUGAGUGGAGACAUUGAAGGCAAUGUUGGAGAAGAAAUCAGUAUUCAAGUUCCGACUUUACCGCCAACAGCUGAUACAACAAACACGCAAUCCCUCCCAACGAGAAAGCUUUUGCAGCCUCAAAGGUCACUAAAAAGUGUCCCCGAGACUUCUGAAGUGAAAAACACUCAUUUAAAUUCGUUAUAGAAUUUCUCUGCAAGUUUGAAACACUUAUACUGAUGAAGGCAAAAGUAAAUUCUCUCUUUACUUCUCCUCCUCUGUUUUGCAUAUGUGAGGCUAAAUUUCUCAGGCCAGUGAGAUUAGUAGCGACUCCGCCAUUUCACGACGGGAGGUUUUUGUACAUAACAAAAUUUAUUUCUACAUAAAGUUGACUUUUUCUGUGUGUUCCUUUGCGUGGUACCGAGUAUGUUUUAAUAUCUGUAACUAAUAGAAAGAUUUGUUGGUUUUAAACAGUCAAUGCGCCCAUUGAAUUAUGUUCUGAGCGGUAAUUUCAGCUGUCAACGAGCUUUAAGGGUGGCAAAUUUACAUAUAUGAACACUUUUAAAGCAAAUUUGUUCUGUAGAUUAAUGGCUAUUUGUUCACGGAACUGAAAGAGCACUUAAGAACACUGAGAAAGACCAACAAUAGUGAGAUAACAGUAAAAGUG